AUGACCACGGUCUUCCAGCCCAACGGCGAGACAAUACCAGCGACCAUCCUGGUGAUCAAGAGGGGCGGCAACGUGGUUACGGACAAGAAAUGGCCUGAGCGACACGGUGGCUAUAGGGUCGAGGUCGGCUACAACAGGUACGUCGCUCAGGACUGGGAGAUGAAGAAUGCAGGAGGGCGCGGCGGCAAGAUCAACAGGCUGGCCGCCGCUGACCUACCGCCCCUGCAGAAGAUCAAGUCGUGGGCCGUCCGGCCACAGGAGUGGAUCAAGUACGAGGUGGGCCAGAAGAUCGUGGUUUCCGAGAAGUUCAAGGAGGGGGACGUGAUCGACAUCCACGGCGUCAGCAAGGAAAAGGGCUUCGCCAGCUCCAUCAAGCGCUGGGGGCACCACCGGGGCCCCAUGACCCACGGCUCCAAGCACCACCGCCGCGUGGGCUCCCUCGGCGGAGGGACAGGCACCGCUCGCCUUUUCCCGGGCAGGAAGAUGCCUGCUCACCAGGGUGGUUUCCCUUGCAAGACGAGAACCAAGAUCUUGAAGAUCAUCGACAACAUCGAUGAGGACAACAUGCCCGAGACAAUGAUCGUUGUGAAGGGUCACGUGCCGGGCUUCACCGCGCACUGGAAGGAGGGUGGCUCCUUCGUGUAUUUCAACCAUCCCAAUUUCCGAGGAGAUGGCCGCUUCAAGCGUGACCCCGUGUGGAUGUGGUACGUCCAGGACGAGAAGGACGACCCUUACGUUCCUAUUCCAGCCCAUGCUUGGACGAUGAAGGCGUAUUGGGGUCGCGACAUGCGCUGGCUCUCGGAGGAGAAGUGGAAGUACUGGCCCGAUGGGUUCCCUGGCUACGACCAUUCGCACGACCCUUUCUUCGAGGAUUGCGACCCGCGCAAGUCCGUCAAGGCACCAGAGUGGUGA